AUGUAUCAAGCGCUAUCUUCAUUUUGCGAUAACACAAAUGUCAACCACAGUGAUAGCUACCACAAAGUGUCUCCUGUGAUAGAGCAUGUACGUAAGCAAUGUCUCAAAAUAGAGGAGGAAAGAGCAUUUGCUAUAGAUGAGAUGAUCAUACCCUAUAAAGGUAAAAAAGCAGGUCACAGGAAACAGUAUAAUCCCAAAAAACCACACAAAUGGGGAUUUAAAUUUCUGGUUCGAGCUGGGUCCUCGGGGAUGGUCUACGAUUUUUUCCCUUACGAUGGUUCAAACACAUUUCAGGAUACACAGUUCACAGAAUGGGAAGAAAAUUACCUUGGUGUUGGAGGUAAGACAGUCAUUAGAUUGUGCAAGACAAUAUCUAAUCCCACUCUGUGUACAGUAUACUUUGACAAUUGGUUUACGUCACUGGAAUUACUUUACCACUUGCGGAAUGAAUGGGGUGUAUUAUCCUUGGGCACAAUAAGAAAAGACCGAUUGCGUAACUGUUGUUUAAGUAGUGACAAGGUAAUGAAGAAGAAGGGACGAGGAACUUACGAAGUAAUGUGUGACAAUGACAAGAAAAUAGCAGUAACUAAAUGGGUAGACAAUCAAUGCAUUCAUAUUGCCAGCUCAUUCUGUGCAGAAGAUCCGGUUACUACAAUAGAAAGAUACGAUAAAAUAGAGAAGAAAAGAAUUUCUGUGCCUUGUCCAAAAGUCAUCAAAGUCUACAAUGCUCAUAUGGGUGGAGUGGAUAUUGCGGACAUGUUGACUGCAUUAUACCGCAUUCACAUGAAGACUAGGCGUUGGUAUAUCUCAAUAUUUGCCCAGGUAUUAGAUAUUGCCCUAAAUAAUAGCUGGUUGUUGCACCGUCGUGAUUGUUCGCAACUUACAGAGAAAUCACUGCCACUAAAAAAGUUCCGCAUGCAGGUUGCCCUUGCUCUAAUCCAGGGCAAUAAUACAGCAUCUCAGAGAGUUACAUUAGAUGAUGCACCAGCUGAUCUGAUUGCUAAGCCAUUCGUACCGCGACCCAUAGAAGAAAUUCGUUACGAUCGCUUUGAUCAUUUUAUUGAAUUCACUGCACAGGGUCGAUGCCGUUUGUGCAGGCACGGCAAGACCACUGUUGUAUGCUCUAAAUGCAACCAAAGACUCUGCUGUACAUCAAAAAAAAUUGUUUUCGUAUAUUCCACAAGAAGUAAGAAUAAUUAG